UAAUAGUCCCCAAAUUUGAUGCUUUAUACACAUUUAAAAAGGCACUUUAAAUAUUAUUCUUGAUUUCUAAUUUCAUAAACUUUUUUUAUUUCCUCUUUAUUCCUUCCUGUCAAAAAAUAUCCCUCACUCUCCCUUUCCACCUAAAAAAGAUCUUCAUUCCUCCCUCCAUUAGUAAAAAAUCUCCGCCCCGCCGCUGAAACAACCACAAAGCGCCUCCAUCAAUGGCGUCGUCGGCGUUAAUGUCUCAACUCCGUUACUCCCCUCUAUCUUCCUCCACCACUCGUCAAUUCUCUCCUCUCUCCACCAACCGCCUUCCUCCCUCAAACUCCUUCUCUUACCCUCUCAAUCACACUCUCAAUCUCCGGUUAAACUCCGCCUCCGAUCACCUUCCCCGUCACCUAAGCUUCGCCUCCACCGAUGGAGGAGGGGGUGCAGGAUCUAUCGGCGGUAACAGCAGCGGCGGCAGCGGAGGAGGUUGGAACUCUGGCGAUGGUGGAGAUUCAUCCUCGAAUUCCAACAACGACGGUGGCGAUUCCUCAUUUUGGGAAAAACUAGGGUUAAUCGGAAUGUUCAUCAAAGGAUGGAAAUCUAGGGUUUUAGCCGAUCCUCAAUUUCCGUUCAAAGUAUUGAUGGAAGAACUCGUCGGCGUUACAUCUUGCGUUAUCGGCGACAUGGCAUCUCGCCCUAAUUUCGGUCUCAACGAACUCGAUUUCGUCUUCUCCACAUUGGUCGUAGGUUCGAUCCUCAACUUCACCCUAAUGUAUCUUCUAGCACCAACCGCAGCUUCAUCUGCAUCUGCGUUACCCUCGAUCUUCGCGGGUUGCCCGAAUAGCCACAUGUUCGAGCCCGGAUCAUUCGGGCUUAUGGCCCGAUGCGGAACCUUUGUCUACAAGGGUGUCAUCUUCGCUGCGGUGGGCUUUGCAGCCGGGCUUGUCGGGACUGCAAUGUCAAACGGGCUGAUUGCUGUAAAGAAGAAGAUGGACCCCACCUUCGAAACCCCGAAUAAGGCCCCACCUACGGUGUUAAACGCCGUCACAUGGGCGGUUCAUAUGGGGUUGAGCAGUAACCUUAGAUAUCAGACGUUGAAUGGGGCUGAGUUUUUGUUGGCCAAGGCGGCGUCCCCGGUGGUGUUUAAGUCGUCCGUGGUGGUGCUAAGGUGUUUGAAUAACAUUCUUGGUGGGAUGUCCUUUGUUGUCCUAGCUCGUUUGACUGGUUCCCAGAGUGUGACACCGGCGGCGGCCGUCACCCCGGCUGGUGGUUUGGACGACGGAGAGGAGAAGGAGAAGUUGGUGGCGAAUUAGUCGACUAUAACAAGUUGGGUGAUUUGAAAUGAGGAAGAAGACGACUACUCAGUUUAUCAGUGAUUUCUCUAGGAGUAUCAUAUGACAUUUUAACUUCUUUGGGGAUUUUGGUUGUUACUUGUUAAUGUUGAGAAAUAAACUGGUUAAUUUCAUAAUUUGUUAGUUUUUAUGGUAGAUUUCUUUGGUAGUAGAAGCAUUAUUAAGCAAUAAUGUAGUAGUACACCCGUAUAGAGCUCGGUUUUUGUGAUCGGAGUGGUCGUUUGGUUAGACGUAGGAAGAAGUAUUACUUCUGAUGAAGUUGUAAUUCUGACAGGCGUAGGAAUGUAUUACUACUACCAAUUUCAGUUCAUGAUUUUUGUUCAAUACUUCAAUAUUGUUAUUUUUGGAGAA